AUUUUGUUUUCUUUUUACAACUGUGUAUAUUAUACACAUAUAGAAAAAAAUAUAAGAAUUAUUUCAAUAAAUUUCAAUUAAUAAUUAAUAAAAAUGUCCAGCGAUUCUAACCAGGAAAAUAAUCAGCGAAACAAUGAAGCUGGCGACAAGGAACAGACCGUUAGCGAUAAAAAACCUUUGUCAUUUAAAGACUGGAAAAGUUUAAAGGAAAGCCAGAAUAAACCUCAAGAAAAAACACAAAAUGCAAAAAGUAAAAAUGUUAAUAAAACUAAUAACAAUAAUAUUAGCAAAGAUAAUAGAAAUAGUGAUCGAAAUGUCUUUAAUAAUAGCGCAAGAAAUUUCAAUGGUCAGGGAGUUGGAAAUUUCUUUAACACUAAUCAACGUCUGCCCGGUAUUAUGCCACCAAAUAAUUUUUUUGGCAUGAAUAAUUUCAACAACAAUCGUAUGAAUAAUAACAAUUUUAAUGAUAAUUUUGGUAUAAGUGGUAAUAAUAAUAAUAAUAAUUGUUUUGGAAUCUCCAAUAAUGGUUUUAAUAAUAACAAUGGAUUUGGUUUUAAUAACUAUAAUGGACCCAACUUGAAAAAUAACAACAACUCUAACUUUAAUAGUCCCAACACUCUUGGUGGUAAUAAUAAGUUACUUAACAGUCCUAAUAGAUUAAAUGGACCCAACGUUGAUUUACCAGACAAUUUUUUCGCCUCCGAUGGCAUUUAUCGUCAAAGGGAUAUGAUGCAAAAACCUUUGCCACCCAGUCAUAAUCCCUUUAAAAAUGAACAGAAAGCCAAUGAAUUAUUAAAAGAAUUCGAUCGUAGUCGUUACACUAAAGAUGAUAAAAAGAAGAAAAAAUCCAAAAAAUCAGCUGGAGAUAAUAAAAAAUCCGAUAAAACCAAAAAUAAUGGGCAAGGAUCUAAUGUAGUUGUAAAUAAUGAACCUAAAGUAUAUAUAGCCAAUCCUAAGGCAAAACAAGAUGGCAAACCAUUUAUACCUAAACCAAAAAUACCCGAAGAGAAUCUUGAAAUUAGUAAAGAGGAGAAAAAACAACAAUGGAAAGAAUAUAGAGAGGCUAUGAAACCUUUUAAAAAUCGUGAAUUUUACAAUGCCAAACGUGUGGUACAGCGUCUGGGUAAAAUACCGGUGGCGGAGUUGGAGGAAAGACAAUUAUUACGUUUAGCCAAUGCUCGAGAGAUUAUGGCAAAUCAUAAAAAACAUUUAACUGAAAAAUACGGCAAUUAUGUUAAAGCUGAUGAUAGUUCCAAUGAAAUGGGCGAACUAUAUGUUUUGAAGAAAAAUCCUUCCCGAGAUAUGUACUUUAAACCACCCGUGCAAAAUACAGGCAAUUUUGGCGACCACGAAGCGGGUAGAAAAAUUUUGGGUGGUUAUGGUGGUUUUAAGGGUUUCGUUUCGGGUGGUAUGCUAGAGCGUCCGACGACAACAUUUAGCAUGGAUUAAAUAUUAUAAGAAAGUAAUUAUUAAAUCAACUUGCAAGAGAAAGGGGAGGCAUAAAGAACAAUGUCAUAAUGUCUAUGGAUAUAAAAUGCGAAAUUUGCACCAAUACAACGACAGUAUCCUAUCAGGUUAAGGUGUGCCUUUUGAAAUAAGGCUAAUUAGGAUACUUGGAAUUGAUAAUUUUUUUUUUGGAUUUUGUAUUUGUUAUUUUGGAGAAUAAAUCACAAUAACAAAAUUCAGAUUGUUUUCCAUUUUUUUCAAAUUCCCUCAUGGUGCAAUGUCGAGCACUAUUCUUAAUGUUAUCAAAUAGUUAAUAACAAGAAGGUCUUCAAUUCUGCGGCAAUUUUCCUUGGACGGAUGACAAUGAACUUCAUGACACUCCAAUCAAUUUUAAUCGUAUUAAAAACAAAAUAUUUUUCAUUAGAACCAAUAAAAUGUAUAAUUUAAGAGAAACAAA